GAACGUGUCUAGAGCAGGAGGGUGGGGAAGACUGUGUAUGUGUGUGUGUGUGGCGACACCAGCGGUAUAAAACUGUUUAUUAUGCGGCUAAUGUAGCCCCCAUCGGCCGACCACUAGACUUAGCGCAGAGUAGACUGCAGCUGUGUAUACCUAGCGUGGGAGAGAGCGAGUCACCAUGACGGAGUAUAAGCUGGUGGUGGUUGGAGCUGGUGGCGUGGGAAAGAGCGCACUCACCAUUCAGCUUAUUCAAAAUCACUUUGUUGAUGAAUACGAUCCAACAAUAGAAGAUUCUUAUCGCAAGCAGGUGGUCAUUGACGGGGAGACAUGUCUGUUGGACAUCCUCGACACGGCUGGGCAAGAAGAAUACAGUGCAAUGCGGGACCAGUACAUGCGGACAGGGGAAGGGUUUCUGCUUGUAUUUGCCGUCAACAAUGCAAAAUCAUUUGAAGAUAUAAGUACAUACCGUGAACAGAUAAAGAGAGUUAAAGAUGCCGAGGUGGUGCCCAUGGUUUUGGUGGGCAACAAAUGCGAUCUCCAGGUGCGUGCAAUGGACAUGCAACAGGCGCGGGAAGUGGCCAAGAAUUACGACAUUCCUUUCAUAGAGACCUCUGCUAAGACCCGUAUGGGUGUUGAUGAUGCCUUUUAUACUUUAGUUAGAGAGAUCCGGAAAGAUAGGGAACACCGUGGGAAGAGUAAGCCCGGACAUGGGAGGAACAAGAGGAAGUGUAUUGUAUUUUAGAAGGACUGUGCUGAAUAGACUUUUAAGCCUAAUGGUAUUAAACCCAUUGUUUUUCAUCACUGUCAUGCAGGACGACUUCGUCGGUGCAGUUGAUUUGACAUCCCAAAUCCUGCCAUAUUGAUGAAAUAAUUUAGAUGAGGGAGCCUUUGAGUUCUCUGAAAAUUCUGCCUGAAUCUGUACCUACCGAAGAGCUGGCUUCCACGAAUGCAGAGGUUUCUCUCGGCUGUGUGCGAUUUAGUGGUCCUGUCAGUUUACUUUCAGUUGUGUGAUUUUUACAAUACAUUUAAUUCACACAGUGUUGGAAGGUAUGUCUAGAUGCAAGGUGGGCUGUCUUUGUUGGCCCAAAGCAAACUUUUAAAUAUUGGUGUAAGAUAGAUUAUGUAAAGAUCCCAAGAAGGAACUUGGAAGCACAAUUCCCAAAGUGGCCAUGCUGAAUGUUUAUUUUCCUAGCUCGGAAAAAGGAAAAAUGUAAUGAUGGCCUAUAAACUUAUCUGAGCUAGAUUCCUCUUAAUUACCUCCAAAAUUACUUUUAAUUUUUUUUACCUUCAAUUACUUAUAGUGAUAUUCAGAAACUGGGAAGAAGAGUUAGGUCAGAGGUUCAACUUCAUGUUUUUGUAUGUUGGAAUAUUUAAGAAUAGAAUGAUCUUUUAUAAUAGAAACUGUGGAUGUGUGGAGACAAAAAUAACUGUAUGGUCACAUCAGACUGUUGGGAGUUUUGGAAAUUUUGUAUUCAUGAAAUUUGCACACAGGCAUACAGUAUGAACAAAUGGAGGCCAAAAUGGAAGGUCAGCAUUAAUCAGAAAUUCACCAUUUAAAUAUUUAGAAAAGUUUGUUGCAGAUAAAAACUAGAAAGCAGAAAUGUUGGUAAAUACACAUUGACAAUGAAUACUGAUAUAGACAUCUAGAACUACGUACUAUUGCACAAAUUAUAAAUAAUAUGUCUGUUGAUUCUGAAUAAAAAGACUGAUUAGCUCCUUAGACAUCAGAGAAUUAAAUUUGACAUAGACUGAAUGACAUUAAUUUGGCCAGUUGUAUCUUGACUUAGUUUUUCUUCACUGAGGCUUUCCUGACACACAGUAAGGUUAUUUUUAUUGCCAUUGUGGAUGUCCCAAUUUUAGUGUUGAUAACCUUUGUCUAUUUUGUGAACAGUCUGAUUCACUGAUUUUGAAAAUGGCCUUAUUAACAUACAGCAAGUAUGAUGUGGCUUAUUCACAUUGUGGAAGACGUGUUUUUAUUGUUGAGCUAAUAUACCCUUGUUAUGGAUAACUUGGCCUGGUCAGUAUGGAUGAAGUUUUCAUCAUUGAGAAUAACCUAAUUUGUCCAUGGUGUAGUUGAACCGAUGUACUUUCAUUCUGGAUAAGCUGAUUUGUUUGCUUUUUGAUAAUUUUUGAGCUUUCCCAUUAUUCUGAAUAAAGUGACUUGUUAAGAACCAAUUAUUAAAAUUGUGAUAAAGCAUUUUUAUGAAGGAAUUUUGUUAUGCCACAGUUAUUUUGUUUUUGAGGUCUGUAAUAAUCAAGGCUGCUCUUCACAGGCCAAACACAUUCUGAUGUUAACAAUUGAAUUUAAAGUAAUGUAGUACACCUAGAAUUGACAACAUCUUGUGACUUGAAACUCUGACAAAAUUUCCUUAAUGAUAUUGUAUUGAUAAGAAAUAGUUGCCCUAAUGGUAAGACAGCUUCAGCUGGUUGCAUUCUUGAUCUGGCUUGCCAUUGUUGUAAACAACUUUGUUGCCAUGUGUGUGCCUGACUUUAUUUUGGUGCUGAAACGAAUACCUAAUUUUGCUAUUUGAAUAACUGUUGAAAUGGAAUUUGUAUUCAAAUAUUUGUCAGUGUUGCAGGCAGUUAUAUAGUAUGAACAUUGCUCUGAGAAUGACUUGGAGAGUGUAUAAAUCUGUAGAGGAAGGAAGGUGGGGGAGGGGUCGUCCUCGAAAAGGUUGGAGGGAGGGGGUAAAGGAGGUUUUGUGGACGAGGGGCUUGGACUUCCAGCAAGCAUGUGUAAGCAUGUUAGAUAGGAGUGAAUGGAGACGAAUGGUUUUGGGGACCUGACGAACUGCUGGAGUGUGAGCAGGGUAAUAUUUAGUGAAGGGAUUCAGGGAAACCAGUUACUUUUAUAUAGCUGGACUUGAGUACUGGAAAUGGGAAGUACAAUGCCUGCACUUUAAAGGAGGGGUUUGGGAUAUUGGCAGUUUGGAGGGAUAUGUUAUAUAUGCUUCUAAACUGUUGUAUCUGGGUGCCUCUGCAAAGACAGUGAUUAUGUGUGAGUGAAGUGAAAGUGUUGAAUGAUGAAAGUAUUUUCUUUGGGGAUUUUCUUACUUUUUUAGUCACCCUGCCUCGGUGGGAGACGGCCGACUUGUUGAAAAAAAAAAUUGCUCUGAGUAGAGGAACUUUGCUGUCAAUAUUGGAUAAUUGACAUCAAAUGUUUUACUGUAUAAAUAUAAUUCUGGGAAUACUAAUUUCACUUGUUCAGUUAAAUAGAAAAAAUUUAUUAGGCCACAUUUUGACAUGAAUCGUAUUUACAGACCAUUGUUCAUAAUGUGUGCCACGUUUGUUUAACACAAAUUAACAAUGUCCUUACCAACAGCCAGUGAUGUGCUCUGUACAUAUGGGACUUAGCUCAGCAGAGGGUAAUUAUUGUCAUUUGUAUGUUUUUUAAAAAACAUUGAAAAUUAUCGAUGAUUAUUUAAAAUCUUAGUUUUACCAGGUAUGCUUAUGUUCAUACUCUUGUCUUUUUCUCAUGCUGAGACUUGUGAAACAGCAGAGAUAUAUCUUGCAUAUUUUACUAUUGUGGUGGUACUAGUUUCUGUGAUACUACAAAGUGUGGAAGGUAUUAUGGAAGUCCAAGUUUCACCAUUAAUAUUUUUCGCCCCCCCCCCCUUUUUUUUUUUUUCCUAAUAAAGCUUUUACAUCAUUAAUUUAAUGGGCAAGUGCCUAUCCACUCGUGAAAGUGAAGAAUGGGGAAAUGUGGACGAUGAUGAUGGUAAGUGUAUGUUGUUUUCUUAAAUGCCAUUUAUAUAAUGGCAAGAUGUUUGAAUUGUAAUUUUGUAAGUCUGAGGUUGGGCCACGGAAGUCCAACGUAGUUUUGCACAAAUGGCAUUCUGCCCUACUCUUGUCUUUAAGCACAUUAAAUGAACAUUAGUCAUUGAUCUGCCAGAGGACUGUUAAGUGUCUACAAUAGUGGCUGGUUAAGAUCAGAAUUCAGAGAGUCAUCACAGAACAAAUCUGGGAUUGCCUCAUGUUGCCUUCCAGUGUGAAUCGAUAGAUGACUUCGAUCUCAGUUAGUUCCAAACAUAAUUUUAAUAAGUUUUGUUUUGAUAUAGAUUGGUAGUGAAAACGAAUAUUCGAAUACGCAAUCUGACUUCAAAGAUUCACGACAAACCAUUAAUUCAUGGAUAUUCGGAUGUUCGUUUCAGCAUUAUUUAAUUUGCAGUUGUAAUGAUUAACAUGUUAAUAUAAGACUGCAGUUGUCGAGGUAGAUGAAACCGUGGCAGCCUGAGCAUAUGCAUGAAUGUGUUGUGAUAAUCAGAGUGAAAUAUGUUGCUAAAUGAAAGAAAAAAUCUUUUAUCUGUGAAUGUUUUGGGAUUUUUUUAAGUUCUUUGCUGUUAUUCUAGGUCCUUGUUAUGGAACCUGCAUAUAACGUCUUUUAUUGCUUCUGGUGUAAAUGUUGACAUACAAGAAUAAACAGCAAUACUUAAGUUUGGUCAAAAACACCUGGUUAAUGAAUUAAGUUGUAGCUCACAUUUGAUGAGGUUAAGCUCUGUCAGUGGUAAGUUUGGCUUGAAAAAUUUGUCUAGCUUCAGCUUAAGAAGAAUGUCUUGAAUUGCAUUGUUCAUAUUCUUAUAUUUUUGAGUGUUAGAAAAAUAUUUACAUGAAAAAUCAUGGAUUUUUCCUUGUUACUUUUAUGUCAAUAAAAUUGGCUUGUUGUAGCUAGUAAAGUGAAUUACCAAGUCUGUCAGAAAAUUGCACAAUGAGCUUCCAUUGAAGUUGCAUUUAUUUUGUGAGGGCUUUCUUGUUUGUUCUUUUGGGAUAGAUAUCUUUUAGUGCAAAAUUUGGAGAUGGAAAGCAAAUUAGAAUACAAAGUAUAUACAACAAAUAAACAUAGUGCUCUUGUUAUCUUUUUAUAGGUUUUUAGUAAGUAUUGAGCUGAAUAACUACUUAACUAAUGUCUAAUGAAUUGCCUCUGGUUUAAGAAGUUGAUCUUUUACAGAAUAUAAAGGAAACAACUUUUUUUUUUGUGUAGGAAUAACUUAAUUCCAUUGCUGAGUAAUGGCUGCAGUAAAACUGUUAUUCAUGGCAUUGGUAUUCAUAUAAAUACUGAUAUUCAGAGUGUGUUGGAUCCAAAUGUUGCACUGCUGACAAUAGUGAAGAAAAGGCACACAUUACAGAACAAGCCUUUAUUGGGACACCAUUUCGGUAUAGAGCUCUAUACAGAGUGAAUUGUCUUAAUUCAAGCUUGUUCUGCAGUAUGUUCCUCUUCACCAUUCAUGAUAUGUUCCAGUGGGUGGUACCUUGAAUAUUCUCUUCAUUAUCAGUGUACUGUAUCUUAGCAGGUCCUGUCUAUAGCAGGCAGCUAAAAUUAAAACAUAAACACGUGAAAGAAAAGAAAUGCGUUUUCAUGUUGUGCAUAAAUGCUUAUGCUGUAUAGGUAUGUUUCACUUGGGAUGUUAAAUCUGAACAGAUUAGGAAAAAAAUGUGGCAUUCAGUAGUCCAUCAAAAAUACCAGUCAAAAAGUUCUGUUUGUUGGGCAGCAUCUGUAGCAGUCAUUGCUACUCGUGUCAUUGUUCAAUAACUAAGCGGAUGCUUACAGAAUUUUGUUUAUUCAGAAGUAAUUCGAGAAAUAGCUUACUCGUUAGGUAUUUCGUUAGAGUUAAAUUAGCUCCACAAUUGGCAUAAGGUUGCACAUCAUCACAACUUGAUAUGAUGUACUCUAUCACUUUUCCCAGAAAGCAGUGAUAUGCAGGCUUACAUCUGCAUUUUGUGAGUAUAGCAUUACAGUAUUGAAGGUUCUGUAUUACAGUAUUGUAUAAGGUAUAAUUUUAUUUGGAAAGACAAAAAUACAAACACCAGAACAUUUCAUUGGAAACAUUUCAGUCUUGGGAAUUUGGUCACUCCAUCCCAGGGCCAAAAUGCUACCAUUUUGAUUGUAACUCAUUAUUUUAUUAAACCUAGAAUAUUCUCGUAGAACACAUCAUAUCUUUUUUCUACUUUGUUAUUGAAAGUGCCUCCAGGAAUGUAACCCCUGUGAAGAAAAGACAGGUGCAGAGCAAGCUGCUGAUGUGACAGUGUUUUGCUUUGUGCAUUCACUUGAAACUCAACACAGCUUUGUAACACUGAAAGCUUUCUUGUACCUUGAUGGGAAAUGCUUUGAUGCCAGUGAAGGGCUCUUGAUUCAGAGAAUUGAAACUAACCCUCCUUUUCCUUAGAUCAGAUUUGAUUGCCUGCCAUUCCCCUGGCAGUGUGAUUGCUGCCAGUUGAGUGCUCUUCCCAUGAAUGCACUACAGUAAUUAUUAUAAUAAUAUGUAUCUGUGUCUUUUCUUUAGUACUGUAAGUAGUAUGCUUUUGCAUCCAUAACUCCCCACGAAUAACAGAGUUUACUUUAUAAAAUUACAGCAUUUGAAGGCAUCACUUAAGUCUAGAAAUAUCUAUGAUGAAAGUUUUUAUAAUUGUCUUAAAUUUUGAAUGACUAUAAAUUUUAUAUUAAAAUUUAAAGACUUUAUGUAAACUCAAUUCAGUAUAUAUACAUAUAUAUAUAUUUUUUUUUGUUUUAAAAACUAUUUAUAUCCUUAUUUGCAAUUGAACACAUUAGGACUAUUCUAUACGAUUAUUACUUUUCUACUCAUUGAGACAAAUGUGUUCAGUACAUGUGAUUUUUUCUGUAAAAGCUCUUGUGCAUGUUGGCUUCUCAUUUUAUGUUUAUAUUUGUCUGGGGGUAACAUCUGAACCUUUCUGUAACCUGUGUAAAUAUAAGCACAAUCAGGGGAACUUAAAACAAAAAUACUGUAAUACAUAUAUAAUUUGUAUCAUUGCUUGUAAUACAAAACCCACUACAUAUAUGGAAAAGUAAUAAGACAAACUGGUAAUUUUACCUUGUAUCUGAGGCCCUGUUCAGCAGUCUGUGUGUUCAGUAAUGAUUUUGAAAUGGUCACAAGAUUGCUUUAAUUGUCACCAUUAGAGCUAUGGUUCUUAUAUAUUAAAUAUAAGCUGUGCAUUAUUCGGUUUUUUGUCUGUCUGCUCAUUGGUUCAUCAGUCUCUGUACUAUUGAAUUUAAUACUUAGGCUGAUGAAUAAGAAGUGCAUCUUGAGAUAUAGCAGUGUGGCAACUUUAUUAGUAAUGAGAGGGAUCUGCUUUAGUAAUGUGAGCAUAGCUGUUUUUUUUUUUUAGUUAGAUACUGAGUGAACAGUAUGAUACAGGCAUCAUUUCAUUAAUGGUAAAGGACACUUGCAUUUUUCUUUUUCAGAAAUUUCAGAAGGUAGUUAUUAUCUGAAAGGGUUUUUACAUCAGUACUCUCAUUAUAAAAUUUAUAUUUAUUAUAUGUUAUUGCUUACAUAUCAAACAUUUUCAUAAACAUCAGAUUUCUUGACUGGGUAUGUUGCAUAGUGUUCUUUGUGUUGGAAGGAUGUUUACAGGAUUUGCAUUCAUUGGAAAAUGUAACAAGACUUCAAGAAGUAUCGUAUUUUACUAGUCAUUCUCCAGUUAAUCAAAGUUUUAAUAUAUUUUAAACAUUGAAUGUCUCGCCAUUGAGAUCAUAUGCAAUUCUUUUGUUAAAGAAGAGGAUUUGCUAGUUCAGUGACAAUUUUAAUAGCUAGGUAGCUAAUGGUAUAUACAUCAUAGCAGUAGCAUUCCUUCCCAGUGGAUUAAAAUUAUCUUUUUGGAAUUGGUUGCUGAAAGACCCUCAACAAAUUUUUCUUAAAUUUUAAUUAUCUUAGUUUCAUGAAGUUCAUAUAAGUGACAAUUUAUGAAAUAUUCCAAGUAAAUUUGGACUACAGCAGAAUAUAGCAUGUACAUUCAUGAGCUUCCUGUUAUAUAUUAAUCCAUGAUAAUAGUUUGCUGGAGAAAAAUAUGAAGCGAUAAAAAUUAAAAUGAAAACACAGCAAAGAUUAUUCAUUAGACAGUUUUGUAUUGUGCUGCAAAUUGAAGUACCAGGCACAGUUUUGUAGUGUGUUGCAAAUUGAAGUACCAGGUACAGUUUUGUAGUGUGUUGCAAAUUGAAGUACCAGGUACUUGGUCAUCUGUUAAUUGUAUUUGUCAGGUAAUGUUUAGUAUAUUCAGACAUUUUUGUUGUUCAUCGGGUUAAUAGUUACUGAGGAGAGGCAGGACUUUUGCUCAUUUUAAUAUACAGUACUGUACCUAAUAUUUUCACUAAUCCUUGUGUGAAUUUAAAUUUGUUUCCUUGCAUGAUUAUGUUUGAGCUUUAAUAACCAUUGGAGGUUUAAUAGUUUUCAGUGUAAGCUAAAAAAUUUUAUGCUUAGUGAUUAGUUCAGUUAGGUGCUAACACACAUUUACACAAGAACACUAAGUUAAUUCUAGUUUGAAAAUUUUUUACUGUUUCCUGCCAAUUGCAUUUACCCUUAUGUUGAAUUCAUUCAUGAUGAACAUUUUGUGCAAUAUUUUGUGAUUGGAAAAUUAAAGGUUAUCUUGAAAAUUUUUAGUGCUGUUGUUAUUGGUUUGGCAUGAGAAUUGGGCGGUUUAUAAAAUCUACGUACUGAAAGUGAUCGGUCAUUUCUCAGCUGUUAUGUCAAUGUUUUUUUUUUUGUUUUUAGUAAAAUCUUUGUCCCUGCCCACUCCAUCACCAUGUUAGAGCAUACUAUCUGGUGUGCACUCUCCAUGAGCACUAGCACAGCUGAACCUAAAUAUAUAAUGUAUAUAUUGUAGUGGUAUUUCUCAAGUGUCUAUAAUAUGGAGAAAUGAAAUGCUGAUUUUUUUUAAUUAAGUUAUUUGAGUUCACUUUCAUAUGGUUGCCAAAUAUUGUAAGGCUCUAAAUGUUUUUAAAUUUAUUUAUAUUUUGGCACUUGAAAGUGUUUUAAGUAAAUUAAGCCUAAAAAGUAACUCGUGCUCAUCUUCACUUCAAACUGAUACAUAAAACUGAGAAAAUCUUAGCCAUGCCUAUUCUUAUAUAAUGCUUAUCAGUUGCAGUUCACUUCUCUAAUUCCCAGUAAUAGGAUGAAUUAGAAAUGCAUUAUUUUUUAAUUACUAAUUCUUGCCUGUUUUAUAGCAGCUUACUACUGAUAAUCUAGAGGUUUAAAGCUGACUAUUAGUAAGACUAUUUGUGUGUGUGUGUGUGUGUGUGUGUGUGUGUGUGUGUGUGUGUGUGUGUGUGUGUAAGCUGAUGUUUGAACUAAGUCUUCAUAUACAAUCAUAAUGUACAAUCAUAAUGUACAGUGUAGUGAUCAUGGUGAGAUCUUAUGGAUACUAGUUCGUAGCAAAACCCUAAAUGUUACAAGUGAGACUUUCAUAAGCUAUCCCUUAAAACAAAAAUGGGGUGGAGUUGGCAGGAACUAAAUAUUUUAUUGUAAAAAUGACCACUGUUGGAUUUAUAGGGGGAAUAUAAGCAGAAUAAAUCUGAUGGGAAAAUUUUAACCAUAGAUGGUUGAAUAGGGUUUAAGUGCAUGUAAUGAGUGGCUGUAGUAGUAAUGUUGGGUGGGGGGCAGAUAUAUUUAUUUUUAAUUUCUAUUGUAUUUUUAUUUGUUUUCAACUUUUCAUUUGAAUUUUUUUUAUAAGACUGUAGUACAGUAUAUGGUUAUUUCAGAGAACUUACAGCCUCGUAAUGGGUCGAAGGACCUGGAUAAUGUGAUUUUCAUAGAGGCAGCAGUAACUGUGUAAAUGCUCUCAUUGAAAUAUUGGAAAAAAUAAUAAAAAUAAUUUUAAUAAAUGUUUAAUAGAUUGUCCUGUUUUCUGGGUUGACUAGACCAAAUUGUGUUUUGAAAAUAAUGAAUAGCAUUAGUUUAUAUUUGCUUGUUGUUUAAAAGCAGUGUAUGAGCAUUCCAUACAGCACUAAAUGUGAAGUUUUAACAGCAAAAGAAAACUGUAUGAGCCUUUUACUCAAGAAAUUGCAAAUUGCAGUCA